AACGAAGAUUCCCAUAGCUGCAAGAAGCUUGCCGUUGCUGUGGUGUCCGUAGCUAUCCUCCUUGCCUGGCGCGCUUUCUUGAAAGCAAUGGCUUCUGAGACAAAUACUGACCUGGAGACGACAGUGGUAGAAGUUUCCGAUGUCACCAAUGAUGGGAUAUUUGCGUCAGAUGGUUCUGUAGUGCAAAGUUCCGUUGGGGAACCAAGCGCAGAAGAAUUCGUGGUCGUGGAGUUGAGCAAAGAUGGCAGCGAGCCAGCCACCGUUGCCACCAGCACAGCACAGGUGGAAACAGUGCACACCACGGUGGCUUCAUCAGCCUCUAGCACAUCGGUGGCCACCACAGAUCCCAGUGCAACUCUUGCUACGGCACAGUCAGCGUCGAUGGCUAUCGAAGAAGCUACCCGAGUUCUGACCGCUGCUGGUAUUGAUGCCAGCUCCAUGCCACAGGUGAUCACACAGCUUGUACAGUUGACACAGCAACAACAGCUACAACAAGGGCAGCAGCCACCGACUACCAGUCAGCAGGCUGCUAACCAGGCAGCCAUUUUACAAGCACUGGCCCUAGCCACGCAGCAAACGUCCACUACGCUUGUCAGCUCGGUGCCAGCUGCAGUGCAGACGGUCGUGCUCAGUGCUAACGGGGCUCAGCAGCCUCAGGUAGCCGGCCGAAUAGGUGGGCAAGCCCUCACACAAGAAGCAGCGAGUAGCCUGGCAGGGAAGCUUCAAAGCCCGCUCACCAUCCAAUGGCUUCUUGAGCACUUUGAAAUGGCGGAAGGCAUGAGUCUACCCCGCUACGCCCUAUUCACGUUCUACUUGGACUUCUGCUCCCAGCAUGGUGUGCAGCCAGUCAAUGCAGCAAGCUUCGGAAAGGUGAUCCGGCAGGUUUUCCCCAUCAUUAAAACUAGAAGACUUGGUACACGCGGACAAUCCAAAUAUCACUAUUAUGGUAUUGGUGUGAAGUCUAAUUCGCCGUACCACUCAGCUAUGGUGUCUGCUGCACGACGCCAGCCUCCCAUGUCGAACAAAACCGAGCUCGUUGCACCAGGUGCGCAGUCCACUGAAUCCAAACCGCCUGGCCAGCCAAGACUCAGUGGCUUCCCUGACGUGCAAACGGCAGAGCUGUCAGAAGACCUCAACCGGGACAAGGUCAGUAUGUUCUUAAUGAUGUACCGGGCACAUUGUCAGUCAAUACUCGACUCAGUCGUCAGGAGCAACUUUGGCGAGGUGGAGAAUUUCAUCAUUCACUUCUGGUCGGGCAUGCCUGAGCACCUGCUGGUUGUACUAGAGAGUGAGACCAUUGCCAACGUUGUUGGUGUGUGUGACUCAGUUCUCUACAAGGCAAUCAUCUCGUCGAUUCUGCCACCUGCCAUUGAGCCGUUGUCACUCAAUCUGACUCACUCUGUCCGGAACUUCGCCAAACAGCUGACUGGCUGGAUAACGAAAGGCUGCACUGACAUGCCCGAAUCACUGCAGAAAAUUAAGCAUCAAAUGGGGUUCACUUUCACUGGCGCGCUCCGCCGAAGAACGUCCGUGUCACAUCUGGCUCAGGCAACUCGUUCGGUUUUGCAAAGCCAGGAGAGUGUACAGCAAAUGCUUGUGGACUGGAAGCAGCUUGACCUGACCAGUAUCACCUACCAGUCCAUCAGCACCUUCAAGCAUGAAGCUCAUGAGUAUGUGAACCUGUAUGUCGAAUUCAUGCUCGAGUUCGAGGACUUACUGGAGCAGCAAGCAAACGUUGAGAGUUUUGCGUCGUGGCUGGGCAAUUUGGUGGAGCGUUGCAUCCUGCAGCCUACAGAGAAUGAAGGCAAGGAUUUUCAGGACUUGGCUCGCAAUUUCCUGCUGCGCUGGCAAUUCUUCACCACUCGUGUUGUGCGAGACUUGACGCUUCGCAGUGCACCAAGCUUUGGUUCAUAUCACCUUCUAAGUAUGUUGUUUGAGGACUAUAUUCUCUUCUUGCUGGAGAAGGAAAUGCAGAAGCAGAAGGAGACAGUGCUACAGGACUCCAUUUCAAUGUACUUCACGGCCUCGCCAGAUCUGCCUGAUGAUGAUGAUGAGGAUGAGGAAGAGGAGGAAGAUGGUAGUGAGUCCAGGAGUCCUGCAAUGGACGGUGCAUGUUUAUCUGCUGCGAGCAGUGCUGUCAGCACCCUCACCGCUCCGGUGGACGGGGGUGCGGUUAUGGCUGCCUCUACCGCCGCUGCUGCUUCCAUCGCUUCUCCGGCAACUGGUUUAACUGUGUCAUCGGCAUCGAGUCAGAACAUAGUCGUGCUGACGUCGAGCAUGGCAGCGGCUACGUCCGUCGUCAGCGUGGGCAGUAUGUCCGCACCCGUGGAUCCUGUGUUGACUAGUUCACUUCUGACAUCCACCGCUGCCAGCAGUGCGGUGUCAGUGACAAACACUGACACCGCACUACGACCGCAGGAGUUGGCCUGCAGCCCACCGGCGAAGCGAAGUCGACCAGCGGACGAUGACGACGACGCGGGGUUUCUAGCCGAGGCGAGCGGCGCACAGCCACAGUGCACUACACCCGAGCCGCUCAUGCGCUCCAUUGGCGUUGGCGCCGGUUUGCCGCUCGAUGUCAGCACUGCAGCGUUGAUCUUCCCGCCACCAAGCGACAGGUCAGUACCGACGACUGCGACGGAAACCGAGUCAGCCAAACAGUAGUGUGUGUGUGUGUGUGUGUGUGUGUGUGUGUGUGUGUGUACAGAAAACAGUUUGCAGCAUCCUACAAUGCUCUCUGUUCAUCAUCAUCAUAUUCCUGCCUCAUGCAUGUAUUUAGAAAUGUGUAGAUUACUAGUUUCGCACCAAACUCUUCAGUACGUUCUUAAUCUUUUGUCUUGAUCCUUGUCCGCUCUGCAUGUAUGUCGCUGUGCAAGGUCACAUCUGCUGUGUGCUUCAUUGGCUAUCACUUGUAUUCAUUAAUACUUACUUACUCAUCGUCCUGUACAAGCUAGCUAACUGCCAACCCCCUCCUUUGUAGCGAUUGUGGCGUAUUUUGUGGAUUAUCUUUUUGAUAGUGUUUGUGAAAACUACCCCCUCCCCCUUUGGCCCCCGAAAAUGUAUCGCUUUGAACAUAUCUCCGCAUGGCUGCAGGCAUAGACAUAAAUCACUUCAGCUUAGUAUGAAACAAGAUAACCUGACAUCAAAUUAACUCACGAAAAGUAGCCCACGCAUUGUAUCUAGUGCAUAGCUGUAGCAUUCCAGAAAGACAACAAUACUCGUGCACUUCAUCACGCCAUUUUCUCCAUCUUUCUCACUUUUUUAUCAUCAUUGUUAUUGACGGCAUGAUCAUGUCUCACUAUCAUCACCUAACAUUCCAGUUUGUUCUACCAAUCUUUACCCCCCCUAUCUGAUAUGCUAUCCUGUCUCGAACGCAUCUUAAAGCCUUGUGUGUGUGUGUGUGUGUUUUGCUGUCAAUUUUUUGUAUGGCUAUCCGUUACUUCCUUUUGCCUGUAUAUACUAUACCCCUUUCUCUACAGAUCUGUUUGUUUCAUUCGUGUAUCGUGCUUUUCUCUUUAUGCUACACACUGACUGCUGUCAGUCAAGUAGAACCCAUCCAGGGCACGUCCCUGCGAUAACAA